UCCCUGUACAGACCUCAGGAGGGAAGACAGACGUUCAACUAAAAGCCUGAAAAUAACAGACGAUGGCCUCGCUCAAGAUUUCUUUGCUUCUCUUCGUUUGUCUUGAAGGCUGUGUUCUGACUUCAACUCUUAAUGUUGAUGGCUUGCAAAAUGUUCCAGAUGCCCUGAGAGCAACUGGGGAUGUCUGCCAGGACUGCACCCAGAUAUUUGAACUCCUUGCUGACCUGUUUUCCAAUGCAGACCUCCAGAAAAAGAUCAUGGAUGGCAUUGAAAAUAUGUGUGACCACCUGCCUGGACCAGCUAGUACUGCCAAAAUCUGCAAAGAAGAGGUGGAGAAGAUGCUUCCAGUGGCCAUCAACUUCAUUACUGGUUUUGUAAAACCAGCAGAAGUCUGCAAACUCAUCGGGCUCUGUGGCUCCUGGGAAAAGCAGGAGAAGAUGCUCCACUAUUUUGUCAAGGAGACCCUUCAAGUUGCUGUGACCAGUGAAAAUGUGCAGCCCACAACACAAUGUACCUUCUGCAUUUUUCUCAUCAAGACUUUGGAGGACUUCCUGCCUAAAGAAAGGACUGAGGAUGCUUUGAUCAAGCUGCUGGAGGAGAUUUGUCAUGUUUUGCCCUCCACCUACCAAGAUCAGUGUGAAGUGGUCAUUGGCAAGUUCAGCAAAACGGUGCUGGAGGCAAUCCUGAGCUACGCCACCCCUCAGGCCAUCUGCUCUCUCAUCCAGCUGUGUAAAGGGCAAGAGGCUCCUCUUGUAGACCCAUGCACUUUGACAACAUACAGGUGCAGAGACAUGAAGACUGCCCUGAGAUGUGGCACUGUGUUCUACUGUCAGAGAUAUGCCUGGAAGCCUCUCGACACACUUUAAGAGGGUGGGACAUAAAAGUCACAGAGUCAACCUUGGUGUCCCCAUGGAUGACCCAGAUCUUUUAAAGUAACACUGCAAUUAUUUCUCUUACUGCUUGACAGCUGUGGCAUUCUGUCCAAUAGCAUUUCUUUCAAAUACUGAUUUGAAAUCUUACUGCACUUUUUGAUUUGGCAUUGCAUGUACUGUAUGCACUGAGUGAAGAAAAACAGUUAUUAGCUUGACAAAAUAUCUUGGACAAAAGGAUUAUUUGAACUUCAGGAGUAAAAGGAAUGUUUAACAGAUAUGAAAGCUCAACUGUAGGAUCAGAAAGUUGGAUGAUUAGUAUAAAAGGGAAAACUUUUCACAAAUCUCUAUUCUAUAUAUACUGUAGUUUCAUUAGCU